GUCAUCAGUCAUCAUGUAGAAGAUAUUUUUUCCAUAUCAAUAAUUUAAAUUUAUAUAUGUAAAAGGGCUAUCUAUCCCUGAGAGUCUGAAACAUAGACUCAUAGAGUAACACAAAUUUAAGAUUUUGUUUGCAAUGGAAAACGGGCAUGAAUCAAAGGGGAAUGAGACAAUGAGCACAUCAAAUUCUUCCAUGAAAAGGCUCCAAGACAAAGUUGUGAUAGUCACCGGCGGUGCUAGCGGCAUCGGGGAAGCGACCGCUCGCCUUUUCGCCGAUCACGGCACACGCGCCGUCGUCAUCGCCGACAUCCAGGACGAGAAGGGCGUCGCAGUGGCGGAGUCCAUCGGCCUCGACAAGUGCAGCUUCGUAAAGUGCGACGUUAGCGAGGAGGAGCAAGUGAAGGCCAUGGUAGAUUGGACGGUCCAAAAGUACGGCCGGCUAGACGUCAUGUUCAGCAACGCCGGCACGGCGGCCCCCUCGGACCAGAAAAUCCUCGACCUCGACUUCUCCGACUUCGACCGCGUUUUCCGCGUCAACGCGCGGGGCACGGCGGUGUGCGUCAAGCACGCGGCGCGUGCGAUGGUGGAGGGCCGCGUGAGGGGCAGCAUCAUCUGCACGGCCAGCAUGGCCGCCACGCGCGGCGGGGUGCGGCGGACGGACUACAUCAUGUCGAAGCACGCCGUUCUUGGGCUGGUCCGGUCGGCGUGCCUGCAAUUGGGGGCCCACGGGAUCAGGGUCAACUGUGUGUCGCCGUCGGCGACUCCAACUCCAUUGAUUCUUGCCAAUCCCGAAGACGCUUCGAGCUACGUGGAGAAUGUUUAUGGGCCGCUGACUAGCCUGAAAGGUAUAACAUCAGAUGUGAAGCACGUGGCUAACGCCGUCCUAUUUCUGGCUUCCGACGAAUCGGCGUUUAUCAGCGGCCAUGAUUUGGUGGUGGACGGUGGUCUGAUUUGUAUAGCGGUCCCCGGUCCUGGCAGUAGUUGAGAUAAUCAUUUCUUGUUGUAUACAAGUAAGUGGAUGGCCUACAAUGAUUCUAUCUUGGAUAAGGGGGUGUUUGGUUUUUGGCUUAUAAGCCAAAUUUUAGCUUAUUUGAUCAAGUUUAGCUGUUUGACCAACUAAUAAGCUAUUUUGGAAUGUUUGGUAAAUGGCUUAUUGGGUCAAUAAGCUGAAAAUUGAAAAGCUAAUGAAGGUAGUUUUUUGUAUUAGCUUGUUGGGAACAAUGGGUAUAUUGACUAUUUUAUCCUUUGAAAUCAAUGUAAUUUACUUUUAAA